AUGGGCAAUUACGCUUGUAGGAUUAAACAAAAAAUAAUGAAGUCAGCCCCAGUUGUAUCAACUGCAGACGAAGUAGAUGAAAUUGUUAGAAGAAUUCAGUACAAUCGCUUGAAGAUCAGACCUAUAUUUAGCACUUACAGUAAUUCAUUACAUAGUAAAUUAUACGAUGCCUAUGUGAAGGCAUGUGAAAUAAAAUCAAGGAAACUGUUGAAAAAGGAAGAUGAACUUUUGCGAUACUUGGAUUCCCUUGAGAUUCCGCCUGUCCUACUUAGUAUACUCGAUAAUAACAAAUUACCUGUUUUUGACAAUGGAUGUGUGGUUGUCGAAGUUAGAGAUUAUCGUUGCAAACCGGAAUCCGCUAAAAAUUUUGAUCGCAACUAUCUAAUUUUACACCCUACUGCCGAGGUGAUGACCUGUAUGGAGUAUGAGUACUUUGUUUUGUAUCAGACACUCAUUAAUGAUAUUAAUACUAUGACAAAGACUGGCAACUGGACGCAAGAUGAUAAACUUAGGUUGGAAAGCGAAAUUCUUUUAGCAACGCAGAAUCCUUUAUGCUUAGAUUCUUCUAUCAAUGUUUUACGUGUAUGCAACAAGCUCCAGUACAAUAGAAUUAAAUAUAACAAUUGGAAGAUCAAAAGGCUGGUUAAGCGUAACGCAUCAGGGACGGGAAAUCGUUCUUUGUUAUUAGAUAGGAUGACUACUAGGAACCAGUUAUGCUUGGUCGAUUUUCUUUGUGAAAGUCACAAGAAGAGAUCGAAUAUAAAAUUUGAUUUAAAAAUAGCCAAACCGGUUGUUGAUACCUGGAAGCAACAAAAAAUAUUACUCAAUUUGCCUUCUAAUUUAGAGGUGGAAAAAUACGCAAAAAAGAAAGAUGCAAUAAAAUUUUCACCUGACUAUUCUUUGGAAGUCGUGCAAAACAUUUUGUUUCAAGGAGAAACAAACGAAAGUAGAAAUUCUCAGUCACGUCUUAUCAUCAUGAAAAGACCAGUGGAUGAUAGUUACGUUGGCGAACUGUUUAUUGAAAGCCUUUCUAGUAAGGAAGCUGGAAACAAAUUAAAUACUUCAUGCAGAUACUUAGAGCAAUUUAAGGAACUUGUUACUGAAGAAGGGAGAAAUCCAGUGAAGAUAGCUUCCUCAAAAUCUACAGAUCAGAGUACAAACUCUGAACGAUCACAGACAGAUGAACUUUCUCAAGGGCGAUUAGUUCCACCUACUGAUAUGAAAACAACGGGUGUUAAUACUCCUGCUGUAAAUGUUGCGAGUAAUACUUUUGGAAGACAGUACAUCAUUUCGCAACAGGGAACACCCAUUUCACCUGUAUCACCGGCCACUGGGUCCGUGGCUACUGGAAAUUUGGCCAAUACUACAAUUGUUAGCACUAUACAGCUGGCACCAAUAGCUCCGGCUGUUAAUGUCAAUUCUCCUUCAAACAUUGAAGCUAGAAAAAUGGUACAAAAUAAAUUACUUUUAAGAAAUCAAUAUCAACAACAGCAGCAUGUUAAUAUGCCGAUAAGGGGUAUUGCUCCUGUUCAACGUAAUCAGCAGCAAUUGGCUGUAUCAGUUUUACCGCCGUCAAACAGUCAAUCUCGUCCAGCUGUAAUCACUAGACAUCAAUCGAUAUCGGCGCAUAGUCGAGGAUCAUCAAUAGUGCCAAUGAGUCACGGCAAUAAUAGCAAUGUCACUACUGGCAAUUCACUAAACUUACAGCAGGGACAGAUCCUAAUACAGAAAUACCAACAUAAACGGCCUCAGAAUCUUCCCGCCCAAGCUAUAAAUCAAUCCCAGCAACAUCUUCAACAGCUAAAGCCGAGAGAGCAACAAUCCUGUCAAUCACCAAAACAAUUGGAAGAACCUCACAUGCGUAGUUUGGGAAUUCGGCGAACGCAGCGCUCACUUCAACAACAAAAACAACAACAAACGCCUCCACAACAACAAAUCCAGUUGCAAUAUCAUCAACAGCAGCCUUAA